AUGCACCAACGUGGGCAGUUAACACUGUGUUUGUGGGUGGGUGCGGCCUUGGUCAAAGAGUCUCUCUCCAAGGCCCCUCUCAACAGGAGAGGUUUGCUGCAGAUCCUCCUCAUGCCUGGGUUACCCUUGCAGAGAUCUGUGCCCUAGGCUAGGAGGGGGCAUCUCAUUCCAGUCAUUUCCCUUCUGACAGGGUGGUCUUUGCUUGGUAAUUGAUCUAAGACAUUUCCCUCCAGCACGAUGUCAUCUUCCUCCAGCACAAACGUCUCCUCUUCCUCAUGCACUUCUGUAAGUGACAAUGAAAGCAAAAUAAACCUCUUACUUGGCACCAGCUCCUCCGACCUGCCCUCAGGGCCACAAGCUGAAGAUUUCACCAAGGAGUUGACCUGCCCUCUGUGCUUGGAAUGGUUUAAGGAGCCGGUGAUUUUGCCUUGUGGCCACAACUUCUGCAGACCCUGUAUUGAGGAAAUCUGGGGCAGGGCGGAGGUCUGCCUGUGCCCAGAGUGCCAAGCACAGUCCCCGGACAGGCAGUACAUAGGGAACAUAGUGCUGGAAAAACUAGUGGAAAAGAUCAAGGGCUUUCACGUAGGGAAAUGCCAGCAGAAGUGCAGCAAACAUGGCGAGCCUCUCAAGCUCUUCUCGAAGAUGGAUGGGAAACUGGCCUGCUUUCUCUGCAGAGAUGCCCAGAAGCCUGAAGAUCAAAGCUCCCAAUUCCUACUCCUCCCAGAUGCUGUGCAGCUCUAUGUGGAAAAGCUGAUCUCCACCAGAACUCAGCUGGAGGCCACUGUGCAGGAAUUAAAGACUCUGAAGAAUGCCCAGCAAGAGAAGAUCUCUUGUCACAAAGAGAACAAAUUUCAUCUUCAGCACCACAUCUCCUUAGAGUUUCUGAAGCUCCACCAGUUCCUGCAUGGAAGGGAGAAAAGAUUAAUGAAUGAGCUGCAAGAGGAGGGGAAAAUCUUCCUCCAAGAAAUGGAGGCGAAUCUAAACAAGCUCCAGGAAAAGUGGCAGCGAGCCAAGGAGACAGUGUUACGCAUUCAGUCCCUGCUCUACCAGCACAGUUCUAUCGACUUCCUUACAGGCAUAAAAACCUUCAUGGAACACUUGGAGCAAAAAGCAAGCACCUUAUCUCUGGGUGCACUUGUCUGUCGUGAACUAAGCCUGGGACAGUUCAAGGGUCCGAUUCAGUACACUGCAUGGAAGGAAAUGAAAUCCAUCCUCAGACCAGGUCUUUCCUUGGUGAUUCUGGACCCGAAGACAGCGCAUCCAAACCUCAUUCUCUCUGAAGAUCUGCGCUGCGUGAGACAUGAUGACACAAAGCAGAUGCUCCCAGAUACCCCAGAGAGGUUUGAUUCCAGUGUUGCUGUCCUGGGGUCUGAAGGAUUCACUUCAGGAAAACAUUAUUGGGAAGUGGAGGUGGAGAACAAGACCAAGUGGACUUUGGGGGUGGUCAAAGAGUCCAUCAACCGGAAAGGGAACAACACAUUAUCACCCAGGGAUGGAUACUGGCUUAUAAGGCUCAGGAACAGGAAUAAGUUUAAAGCUUUGGAUAUACCUGCGAGGGGUCUGACCCUGAGCACUAGCCUGUCUAGGAUUGGGGUGUAUCUGGACUAUGAGGGGGGACAGGUGUCCUUUUAUGAUGCUAAUAAGAUGUCCCAUAUCUACACUUUCAUGGACACUUUCACAGAAAAGCUUUACCCAUACUUCUGUCCCUGCUUGAAUGACUCCAGUGAGAACAGUGAACCCCUGAAAAUCUUCUUCAACAUGUAGGAGCAGAUUUGCUGAUGCCUCCCCCUGUGAAUCAGGUUUCCCUAGACACCAGUAGAUCUGAAACAAGGCUCAUAGAUUUAGUAACCUAUGUUACUAAAAAUGUGUUGAAUAUAGCAGGGUGUGUCCCUUCCAACACACCCAGUAUCACAAAUGCUGUUUGUAGCACUUGCCUCUGAUGGUUUCUUAGGGUUUUCCAGGUUUAGGGGCAGGAGGCUGGGGAGUGGGGAGUGUUUCUGGUAGUGGCUUGGUGGGCGGUUGGGACUUCUGCCAUGAGUGAGUCCUGAUUCAGUCUCACUAUAUUUUGUUGAUGGAAAACGUUCCUGAGGCCUGGCAAAUACUCCCCACUUGACCAGUUUCACUGGCUGGGACAGGAUCCAUUGGGCUGGGAUCCUGAAAGUGUGGAAGGUGAGUUGAUCUAGUCCAGGCAGGACUGGGUAGGAAACCAGAAGGGAGCCAGAUCCAAGAGUGCAAUAGAGCCAGCUGCAGGGAAGGGUGGUAUUUGGGCUGGGCUGUCUCCAGGGGGUUGCCUGAGGGCAAUGGAGUUGGGGUAUUGGGGGGAAGGAGCUGAGGAUGAGUAUACCUUUCUUCACUUGUUCUAAGGGUUAAGGAGAUCCUCUUAGGCAAGGAAAGGGUCAACAUUUCCCCUCUAAAUAAAACAAGCUGAAAUGGCCAAGGCUGGGAGAGAAUGUGCAUUGGGACUCCUUGAGUGUAAAAGUUGCUCUUUUAAACCAAAUUUUAUUCCAUUCAGUCUCCUCUUGUCCACUACAAACCAGUAUAGAACUCUGCAUAGCAACCUAUACAGAUAGAUUUGUUUUAAAAUAAUACAAUUAGAAGGCGGCAGGAGCAGAACCUAAUGCAAAGACCAGCAGUGAAUUUCUGACAGCUGCACAGGCUAUUGCUAAACACAAAAAGUAGCAAAUGGAGACCAAGAACCGUACUGAAGUUUGAACAGCUAAGAGGUCACCGAAGUCCACUGGCAUGAGCCAGUUUUUUAAAGGAAUUUAAAAGGACAUCUUUUUUCCCAUGGAAACAAUCUUAAGGGACAAGUGAGGAGCACAGAGGAAGUCAAACCAUGGCAUGACUAAAAUACAGGGCAAUGAGAAGUGGUUUGAGCAUUGGCCUGCUAAACCCAGGGUUGUGAGUUCAAUCCUUGAGGGAGCCAUUUAGGGAUCUGGGGUAAAAAUUGGGGAUUGGUCCUGCUUUGAGCAGGGGGUUGGACUAGAUGACCUCCUGAGGUCCCUUCCAACCCUGAUAUUCUAUGAUUCUAUGGUAUAGAAAAAAAACAAGUUCACUUGAGGCCUGACCCUGUUCUCAUUAAAGUCCAUAUCAAAACUCCCAUAGAGCUCAGAGGGUGCAGAUCAUGGCCUAGGCAACUCAGAAUUUUAGAGCCCUCUAAAGAAGUGUGGAAAUAUUGGAGAAUAUGUGAAAAGUGAAAAUGUCCAGAUUCCGGAGAUCUAUGAAGGAGCAGAAGUCCUUGAUCUAACUAGAGCCACCUGUCAACACAUUACAAUCUUGUAGUCAUUAACAUUCAAGAAGCCCCUACAUAUAGAGCAUUGCUUUAGGGUAGCAGUUUUAUUAAAUCUUAAGGACAAAGAAAUAAUCCUCACCCCUAAAAUUGCAAGAGGAAGUUAAAGUGGACCCCUAAAUUUCUGCCAUGAAUACUUGGUUUGAUACAAGGACACAUCUUGUAACAACAACAAAACAGGGCAACAAAAAUGAUUAGGGGUCUAGAGCACAGGACUUAUGAGGAGAGGCUGAGGGAGCUGGGAUUGUUUAGUCUGCAGAAGAGAAGAAUGAGGGGGGAUUUGA